GGCUCUGGCGCAAUGCGAGAACGGAGAGGGAGCAGAGAGAAUUCAUCGCUUCGUUUCAGUUUGGCUGAUGGUUUCCCGUCGAGGAUAUCGUUUGAGGGUUUGUUGAAUUUGGACGAUGGGUGGGGGGGGGGGGUUCAGACGCUCAGAUGGGUUUGAGCUCUUCACUGACGCCGAAGCCGAGAUCAGAGCUGAAACUGCGGGGGAGAGUGGAAAUCUCCGAGGAGCACGUUUUAGCUGAGUGGUCUCUUCUGAUGGGAGUCCAUUUCUAACCAACGCUAUGGUUUUGAGGCUCGUGGCUGACCGUCGGUGGGCAAAGCUCGUUGUAGCCACUUACAUCGCAACAAGUGCAACACUUUGUCUCUUCAGAGUUUCGCUCGGCUUCCGCAUCUGCCACGCGAAGGUUGACAUCUCACCAAUGUGCCCACCUCUAUCUAUAUUUGGGACUUUGUACUUGUCGAGUGGAGGUUCUCGCCUAGUACAAAAUCAUGCCAUCGGUCAGAAGUCGAAUAUUUUUCCUUUCGACAUGGCUCGUUAUCUUGAUAUUAAUCAGCUUCUAUCAGUAUCGUAGACGAUUUGGCACAACGCCGCAGCGAUCGCUGUUGCUGGAUCAUCAUCUGCCCUUCUCCUGUGAAGGACGAUGGAUACAUAUCUAUAAUCUUUCUGACAUCUACAACGAGAACUUGGUGAGAAAUUGCUCGACAUUUAAGAAACCCGAAGACCUUUGCCCUUACAUGGAGAAUGGGGGAAUGGGGCGAGCCUUCACUUACGAACCCGAGAUCUUUCCCGUAAAGUCCGAGGGUUCGGUCUGGUUCAAUUCGUGGCAGUCAAGCCUCGAGCUUUACUUUCACGAGCGACUACUGCAAUACCCGUGUAUUGCGCCUAUCGAGUCGGCAGAUAUGUUCUAUGUGCCCUUUUACGCCGGAAUGGAUCUAUCGUACAGUAUGACUCAUCGCAGUGUUAAGAAGGAAGCUCACUACGUGGAACUUUUAACUUGGCUCCGAGAGCAAUACUUCUUCACUCGUCGAGGUGGGCUCGAUCACUUCAUUACGCUGGGCCGAAUUGCACUCGACUUUCGAAGACCCAGAGGAGACUCAUGGGGCACCCAGAUGCUUUUACACCCUGAGUUUCAGAACAUGGUCAAGCUCACAGUAGAACGAGAUGGAGGCACUCCCGCAUUUUCUAAGAAUGAAAUUGCCAUACCCUACCCGACCUACUAUCAUGCUCGCAGCGACAGGCAAGUGGAAGAUGUUGUUAGUUGGGCACUUCAAUCACAUCAGCGCUCAGUGUUUGUAGCCCUGGCAGGCAUUCGAAAACAACGAUUGGGUGGCAUAAGAGAGAAGCUAAUGAGGGACUGUGAAUCGGAUGGGAGAUGCACUUUACUUAUCUGCGAAGGACAUGAAGGUGUAAACCAGACCGACCUGGACACGAGAUAUCCUGGUAACUUACCCAUAGCAGGACAUAACCUUCACACAUCGUGCAACUAUCCUUCAGCACCUCUGGACACUUUUCAUAGAUCGCAGUUUUGCUUGCAGCCGCCGGGAGACAGUCCUACUCGUCGUUCCUUCUUUGAUGCGUUAGUCGCUGGAUGUAUUCCAGUAAUUUUCAAGCCCACGGCUGCGUGGACGCAGUAUAUAUCAUUUCUUCCUGAGAAUGGAGAAAGCUUUUCCAUUCUUAUACCAUUCUCAAAGCUCAGAAAAGACAAUGUGAUCGACAUGCUGACGAGAAUUCCCCAAACUCAAAUAGUUGCGAUGAGAGCAAAGAUCGGAGAGUUGCUCCCACGAAUUCUCUAUGCUCAUGUUGCACGAAAGUACCCUUCAACCUCGGGGGCAAACGGAACGGUGAUGGAGAAUCCGGAUGCGUUUGAUCUUGCGCUCGUAGAGGUGCACAACCUCAUGAAGAGGAACGAGGGGAAGUAGAGUGACAGGAGAUUCUCCUCCGGGGAACGAGGUCGUGCAUGCCAGAUGUCCUCGUCAGGGGUCCGGAUGACUCCGGAGUAUCGGAAGUUUUGGACGCGAACUCAUGACCUCGAAUUGAAUAUAGAUUUCUAGCCGCAUCCAUCGGCCCAGACCUGGGCUCGUUGUUUGUGACCGAGAAAAGGCAAUAGCAACACCCAGCGUCGCUAUGAAGAUAAGACAGAUGAGCAGCAAUUGGCACGACAUUGGCACCAAACAGCCUCCGCUGUGGAAAUCGCUGAAGUAGACAUCCCGAUGAUCGUGUAUUAGUUGCUGGUGAUACCUAAUUGAUACGAAGCCAUCGCCGUCAGUGGCCGAGUGAUGAAUUCAAUCGGUAUCCAUAGUUCCACUUUCUCCGCGAAUUCGGGUAAAGUGACAGCGAUGUUUUCAAUUUCUCGAGUCCCUCUGGCGAGGGCAUCACAGUUGAAAAGCACAGGUUUCUGUAACUUGAAAGAGCAUUGCAAGCUUUGGCUCUUCGUCAAAACUCAAGGACGAUACUGAACUCUAGCAUUCAGCAAGAAACCCAAUGGAACUGGGUUCCCGAGAACCAGUGUGGUGUAAACAUCGUAACGUCACUAGGCAAAACUCUCGAAGCGUUUCAGCUCUUGUAGUUGUGCGAAGGGGCGGUGGGUUUUCCUAUCAAAGCUCAAAGCAGCAAAUACAGGAAGCGUCUACAAAGCUUGCCGGCAAACACAUGAUUUGAAGUGGAUUUGAAGGACGGCUGGACAUCAUACAGGGAUGCUUGUACAUCUCGGGUGAGUGGAAGAUUCGACAUUUGCAGCAGAUUCGAGAAUCGAAUUAUGACCGCCCAAGAAAAAUGCAGUGGAUAAUUGACUCCAGGGACUCCAGUCGUGCUUCUCACGUACAGCACCAGCUCCAGGGUGCAGCCGCUCAUUUUGAUUACCCUCGCCGCCCAAUGUUUCAACUUCAGGCUGAUAGAAAGUACGAAUCGAAGGUGCUAAACAUUGUCGCACUGUGAGUGCUCGGAUGCCAUGCACGUCAUCCCCUUCAACGAAUCAUGAUGACUAUGUCAUAUGAACGAGGUGCUGUGACUCGGGCCAAAUUUUCCAUCAAGAUGGUGCUGAGCUCGAGAGCUUCGUGACUACAGAGUCGGCAUGCGUUGACCGACAAUGAUAAUCCGUCACCCCAGAAAUGAGGUGGAACUCUUUUGGAGAUUCGAUGCGACAAAAGCUCGUACGAAUGAUAACUGAUUUUCUCAGCGAAGUGGCGAGUUCAAGCUCGAGUCCUCGGAUAAGACAAUUUGCCGAAAGCGGAACUGGGGAAGAGCAGAGUCUUGUACCCGGAAUUUCCAACGAAUUGACUAUCGAUCGCAUACUCACGAAGGUUCCUUGGAAAACGCUCUAUGUCCUCCAGUCGGUUAGCAUCGCCUGGCGUUCAGCAAUCUACAAUCGCAGGGUUUAUGAUGCUCGGGUUCGAAACACUGCAACCCAAACUCUUGUCGGCUUGAUCCACAGAGCUCCGGUUCCCAAGUCUGGAGAACCUUCCCUAGAUAACCUUUACAUCCGAACGAUGGACCACGACACCAGAACUGCUGCAGUUCCGUGGUGGUCGCAGUUCGCCAUAUCCCUGUAUGAUCCAGUCGACAAGUCGUGGCAUCAGCUGCCUCCAAUUCCCCAUGUUCGCAGCGGAAUUCCGAUCAGAUGUGGAUGCGUGUUCUUGGGUGGGAAGCUUUACGUUCUCGGUGGAGACGAGCAGUGUAACAGCAGGACGAGAAACGAGGUCUAUAUGUUUGAUUUAGUGGCUGGUCCGGGCGAGUGGCAGCCGUGUGCUAGCAUGCUGAGCCGAAGGUCAGACUUUCCCUGCGGUGUGAUCGAUGGCAAUAUCCUCGUAUCUGGAGGGUCGGCAGGCCUCGAAGCCGAAAUGUAUGAUCCGAAGGAAGAUUUAUGGCUUCCUAUUGCAGAUUUACUUAAUCUGCGAACGAACCAUACUAUGGUGACUUUAGAUGAGCAGUUGUAUGUUCUGGGUGGAGCGGUGAGAUACGAAACUGAGGAUGACGAUGGCAGUGUCGACAUAUACGCGGAUGCAGACUUCGCCGAAGUCUAUGAUCCCGCCAAGAAUCGGUGGAAGGAGGUACCGCAGGUGUUGGAUGGGGUAGGAGACCACACUCUGGUAGUUGUUGAUGGCAAGCUUUAUGACUUUCGACACGAAGCUGUAGAUGUUACGGUGUACGAUGUCAAUACAAACUCCUGGACUCUAUCACAGCCCAUAUGCUGGGACGCUCUAGAAUCCAUGGGAGCUUCCAACGGUGCUUGUUGUGCGAUCACAGCAACAGCUGUGGAUGGUGAGCUCUUUGCUCUGGUGAGAUGGCAGGCUAAUUUUUACGAGAAACUGUCAGUUCUCAAAAGUAGAGGUUUUGCCAACAAAAGAGUUCCCCUGACUUGGGACGGAGUUUUAUGUCCAUUUAAGAUUGAUCUGAACUGGCCUUUCUUGUGUACUAUAAAAGUGUGAUCCACAUACAAAAGCGAUGCAACUUUAUGUUGCAGUAGUUGCUGGUCUUCUGUUGUUGGAUCCAGAAUAGGUUACGAGUGAAAACAAAUUACAA